AUGGUUUUCAACCACCUUGCUAACAAUGACUGAGUUUUUAAAAUUAGUAGAUGAAAAGAAAGGAACUAAUUGUUAUUAUCAAAACUUUUUGCACGAAUUUGAAAAGCAACAAAUUUUAGUAAAACAUUUAGAAAAAUUAUCAAAUGAAAAAAUUUGA